AUGCCGCUACGGCCUCUACCCGCGAUGGCCUUCCUGCAGGCCUGCGAACCCUUUCCCUUCGAGGAGCUGCGUGUCGAGUGCAGGCGUCUGGUAGCUUCCGCAGAGAAGGACUGGGCCGCAAGGGCAAAGGAUAUCUCCGCAGGGCGACGACAGCACGUGUGGGACAUUUUUGACGAGCGUGGCUUCAUCAAGGACGUCGCGGGACGACCAGAACUCAUCAAGGAGCUCAUCCUCAAGAAGCGCAUCGGCGCCUACGUCGGUAUCGACCCCACCGCCGAAUCGCUCCACAUCGGCCAUCUGCUUCCUCUUAUGCCACUCUUCUGGCUCUACUUCAACGGCCUCCCCACAACGACACUCAUUGGCGGCGCGACGGCGAGAGUGGGCGACCCCACUGGCCGGUUACAGAGCCGCGAGACGCUGUCCAACGCCGACGUCGCGAAGAACAUCACCAAGAUACACUACCAGCUCAAGAAAAUUUGGGCCAACGUGCAGUCCAUCGGCCGAAAAUAUGGCCAUGAAGGCGAAUGGGCCGGCCGUCCUUAUCUUAAGAACAACAACAUGUGGCUCAACUCCUUGCCUCUCUACGAUUUCCUGAAGCGGCUUGGGAGGCAUACCCGGAUUGGGCCCAUGUUGAGUCGAGAAACUGUCAAGAGGAAGAUGAACGAGGGCGACGGCAUGUCAUUCGCCGAGUUCACGUACCCUCUGCUCCAGGGCUGGGACUUUUGGCACCUCUACUCCAAGAACAGUGUGCAGAUGCAGAUCGGCGGUUCAGACCAGUACGGCAACAUUGUGGCUGGCAUCGAUAUUGUUAAGACGUGUCGCGAUACCGAGACGGCCGAAUACCUCAAGUUCCCCAGCGACUGGUCUCACGACCCCAUCGGCUUCACCGUCCCGCUCUUGACCGACUCGUCCGGCGCCAAGUUCGGCAAGAGCGCCGGCAACGCCGUCUGGCUCGAUAACACCCUGACCGCCCCCUUUGAGCUUUACGGCUACUUUGUCCGCCGGCCCGACGAGGACGUUGAGAACCUAUUGAAGCUCUUCACUUUCCUACCCCUGCCCGAUAUUUCGAGGCUCAUGGCGCUCCACGGAGAAAAUGUGGCGCGCAGGAUUGCGCAGCACGUUUUGGCCUUUGAGGUUACCUCCCUCAUCCACGGCCCCGAGGUCGCUCUCCGAGAGCAGAUGCAGCACCAGCUCAUGUUUGGCAAGUCCCCAUCGAGCUCCCCGAGGGCAUGGUCACCUCGGCCAAGGGAGACCAUCAAGCUCCCCGAGUCCCUCGUCAACGGCAAGUCGAUGGCCCGUAUCCUCUACGCCUGUGGUCUCGCCUCGUCCACCAGCGACGGCACCCGCCUUGUCCAGAAUAGCGGUGCCUACGUCGCCGCCUCUCCCGGUCCUCACAAGCAGAGACUCAUCCCCGGCAGUCUUGACUGGACUCCUAUCAAGACCUGGUACCCCUCCGAUACUGCCCGCUUCCUGAUUGACGGCCGCAUCCUUAUCCUGCGAAAGGGCAAGUACAACGUCCGCAUCAUCGAGGUGAUUUCCGACGAGGAGUGGAAAGAGUCGGGUAUGACUUACCCCGGCGAGCCUUACACGGGCAAGCUGAGGCAGGUUCUCAAGGCGUUGAAGGAGGAGAAGGCGCUAGACGAAGAGGGCGCCCUGGAGCACGACGAGGAGUUUAGCGAGGGUUCGGAAGAAGGCAAGAACGGCACCAACUCGCCACCUUCCCCGUCCGAACUGUCCACAACAAUCCCGAUAUCCACUUCCCUCUGGGUCCCAGGAAAGGCAAAUCCAAUUAAGGGAGCCACAUAG